CAGGAGAGGACGGGGAGGGCGGGGUGAAUCCAGCCGGUGUCUCCGCUGCUGCUGUCCGCCGCGCAUCCCCUUCCUCCGCAGGUGAAACCGGCCGCCACCGCUUCCCCGCAGCCCGGGUUAACGCACAGGCCCGCUGCGGUUAGGCUCGGCCGUAGCGGUUCGCCCCAUUUGGAUCCGCCGGUACUGUCCGGAACGCGGCGGGGGUGAGAGGAGAGAGAGGAGGGGGAGGAAGAGGAGAAUUCCUCCUUAGCAACAAACCGGUUACCCGGCAUUAUUGGGAUGGAUGGACUGCUGAUGACUGUGGAGGAUUAAACUGUUGCCUGGAACAAAAAUCCCCAAAAUGGACCGGAUCACAGGGAUAAUGGUUUAUUGAUUUGGGUUUAAAGCUGGACUUGUUUCCCUUGGUCUGCCUUCGAAAAACCAGACAAGUGAGGUUGUGGUGGGGUCACUGCAGUGUAGUAGCCUCAGGGACAGGGCUAAAUUAUAAAGCAGAGGAUUACUAUAGAAGGUCUGAAACUCUUACAGGUCUUAGUAUUCUUCUACAAAUCUGAAUCUACCUUGAAUUAGCAACAAGAUAUAGUAAAGUAAGGGACGCUUUAAGGUCUAAUUGUCCCUAUUUAGUAGAGGACCAGUGGAUCUACUCUGAACUACAUUAAAACUCUAUAGACCACAUUAUAGACUCUUAAUUAUAACUGGAAUGUGUUCUUCCUGAUACAUUUUGAGGACCUAAGUAUCUUUCUUCCAUUUGAAUAUGGCUCUCUGAUUGGAUUAACUCUCAGUGCGACUGGAAGCUCCUUCAUCAUGUCUCUGAGUAAGACCCUUGAGUUGGAGCAUUUCGACGAACGGAACAAGGUCCGCCGGGGACGCUCUACCCGACCUAAAAGAGAUGACUCCACCGCCAGCGGUGGGGGAUCCGGCCCCAGUUCCAGAGGCAGCAGCCUGGUUCCCAGUCCUGCCCACAGCGCCAACUGUAGCUACUACAGGACCCGGACACUGCAGGCCCUCACCUCGGAGAAGAGAGCCAAGAAGGUCCGGUUCUUUCGCAACGGGGACCGGUACUUUAAGGGCCUGGUGUACGCCGUUUCUAGCGACAGGUUCCGGUCGUACGACGCUCUGCUGAUGGAGCUCACCCGAUCAUUGUCAGACAACCUUCAUCUGCCGCAAGGAGUUCGUACAAUCUACACCCUAGAUGGCAGCAAGAAGAUCACCAGUAUGGACGAGCUUGUGGAAGGUGAGUGCUACGUUUGUGCCUCAAACGAGCCUUACCGGAAGGUCGACUACACAAAGAUCUCCGUCCCGAGCUGGAAACCCGGCGCCGGGUCUGGGACCGGCGCGUCCACCACUAGCCGGACGUCAACGGCUUCAACCGGAGUGUCGACGAGCACCAGCGCCGUCUCCAAAGAUCGGCCUGAGGGUCGAGAGAGCAGAGAGAGCAAAGACUUCAUCAAACCCAAGCUGGUGACGGUGAUCCGUAGCGGCGUAAAGCCUCGCAAGGCCGUAAGGAUCCUGCUCAACAAGAAGACGGCGCAUUCCUUCGAUCAAGUGCUGGCCGACAUCACGGAGGCCAUCAAACUGGACUCUGGGGCUGUGAAGAGGCUCUACACACUGGAUGGAAAACAGCUGACCUGUCUGCAGGAUUUCUUCGGGGAUGACGACGUGUUCAUGGCGUGCGGUCCGGAGAAGUUUCGGUACGCUCAGGACGACUUUGUGCUCACGCAUUCUGGGAAAACGGCAGCCUUCGUCAGCGAAUGCAGGACCAAAUCGACUCGUCCAGCGGCUCCUCAGAAAACUCCAAAGACUCCCAGCAGCUCCGGCUUUACCUCCUCCAGGACUCCUCCUAAAGGUCUGUCCAGGACCAAGUCACCUGGUUCAGGGAACGAGGCGUCAGGAUCCCAGUCAGCUGGAAAGUCAAACAGAUCCAGUCCAUCUCCUACCAGUCCUGGAGCACGACGCAACUUAAAGAUCUCUCCUCGCCGGGCCUCUUCCACGGACGUGAACGGGGAAGCCGAGCAGCCAGACGACGCUGAGGAAGUGAACGGAAACCGGUCCGUCUCCUCCUCCAUCAUCAACGAGAAAUACAAGGUGGGGAAAGUGAUCGGAGAUGGGAACUUUGCUGUGGUGAAAGAAUGUGUGGAAAGGGCGACUGGACAGGAGUACGCGCUGAAGAUCAUCGACAAAGCUCGCUGCUGUGGGAAGGAACACCUAAUAGAAAACGAGGUGGCGGUCCUGAGGAGGGUCCGACAUCCCAGCAUCAUUCAGUUAAUCGAGGUGGAUGAGACGCCCACUCAGCUGUUCCUGGUCAUGGAGCUCGUUAAGGGAGGCGAUCUUUUUGACGCCAUUACCUCCUCCACAAAGUACAGUGAGCGUGACGCCAGCGCCAUGGUGUUCAACCUGGCCGGAGCCAUCAAGUACCUGCACAGGAUGAACAUCGUCCACAGAGACAUCAAACCAGAGAACCUGUUGGUGUGUGAGUAUCCUGACGGCACCAAGUCCCUGAAGCUGGGAGAUUUUGGUUUGGCGACGGUGGUGGAAGGUCCGCUGUACACCGUCUGUGGCACGCCGACGUAUGUCGCACCAGAGAUCAUCGCUGAGACUGGCUACGGUCUGAAGGUGGACAUCUGGGCUGCAGGAGUCAUCGCCUACAUCCUGCUCUGUGGAUUCCCUCCUUUCAGAAGUGAGAAUAAUGUCCAGGAGGAGCUGUUUGACCAGAUCCUCAGAGGGAAACUGGAGUUCCCAUCUCCAGACUGGGACACUAUCAGCUUAUCAGCAAAGGUGAUGCACACUCUUUUAUUCCUAAAUGAAC